AUGGCUGCGAACAACGCUUCCGCUGCUGCUUCAAAACGCGGUUGGUAUUCUCAUCACCAGGUAGCCAAAAGCGCGAGGACGACGACGAGGACGGCGACGACGACGUGUUCUUCGUGUUCUUCUUCUUCUUCUUCUUCUUCUUCUUCUUCUUCUUCUUCUUCUUCUUCUGCCACGACCACCAGUGUGAGAAGACGAAGAGGAGAAAUCAUCGUCCCGAAAGCCAUCCAACGAAAAGCCGGCUCGAACUAUUCCGAAACGUCGAUCCAGUUUUGGAAAUACCAAGGCCUCGGGAACGACUUUAUUCUCGUGGACAAUCGAGAGUCGGAUGCGCCGAAAAUCUCUCCCGAGCGCGCGGCGUUGUUGUGCGAUAGGAAUUUCGGCAUUGGGGCGGACGGGGUGAUUUUUGCGAUGCCGUCGCCGGAUCCCUCUAAGUUUGAUUACAAGAUGACCAUAUACAACUCCGACGGCUCGGAACCGGAGAUGUGCGGGAACGGCAUUCGAUGUUUAGCGAGAUUUGUCGCCGAUUUGGAUAAAGAUCAGAGAGGGAAGAAAUACAACGUGUCUACUUUAGCCGGGUUAAUCGUGCCAGAAGUGCGAGAGGAUGGUCAAGUGGCGGUGGAUAUGGGGACGCCGAUUUUAAAUGCUUCGAACGUGCCGUCGACGUUGAAAGAUUGCGAAAGGUCGCACGAGAUGACCGUGGACGGGGAGAAGUGGUUAGCCAACGCGGUAGGUAUGGGAAAUCCACACUGCGUCGUCUAUAAAAAAGCGAACGGGGAGAUGAUUUCGGACGUGUACGGAUUAGACUUGCCGAAAAUAGGCCCGAUUUUCGAAAAGCACGAAACGUUUCCGGCGAAAACAAACACCGAGUUUGUUCAAGUCGUGGACAAAGGACGGGUCAAAAUGCGCGUCUGGGAACGCGGGGCCGGGUGCACUUUAGCCUGUGGCACCGGCGCGUGCGCAACCGUCGUCGCCGGGGUCAUCGAAGGCCACGUCGACCGAAAGUGCGUCGUCGAGUUACCCGGUGGGCCUUUGGAAAUCGAAUGGAGAGAAAUAGACGACAAAAUCAUCAUGACUGGUCCAGCCGAGCCGACGUUUGAAGGGACCACCGCGUUAGGCGUUUAA